AACCAAAAUACUUUUCAAAAUAUUGCAACUGGUAUCGAUGAAAUUAUUCAGGAAAUUGGUAUAGAAAAAGUAGUUGCAAUUGUAACAGACAAUACUCCUUGUAUGAAAGCUGCAUGGACGAUUCUUCAAAAUAAUUAUCUGCAAAAGAUUUUUCUUAAUUGUUGGGCUCAUAAAGUUAAUUUGUGGCUUAAAGAUUUACUUGGAUUGAAAUGGUCAAACAA